GUAGAGCGGAAAUGGAACCCUUCUGAAGUAGUUGUUGUAUAAAGUUACACUUUAUCGUGUCGUCGACACAUCAUGGAGUCUUCUAUGAUAGGAAGGGCCAAACGCAGGCAUCUGGGGCCCUCAGAAUGUAACGAUCUGGCUCAAAGCAACACUGGGAGCCAGUCUCUCACACAGCCAUUCAGUGUCAGUCUCAGCAACAGAGAUCCAAACCAAAGACUUCAGCCCAGGACACCCACGAAAAGAAGAAGACGUGCUUCAGAUGGUGCAGGACAACAGAAGGGCAUCACCGAUUUCUUCUCCGUCACUGGAGUCCUCAGUUCCAGCCCGCAGAAAGAAACCAAAACUCCUAUAAAGAAUGAGAAAGAGGAGGAGGAAGAGGAAGAAAAAUGCAUCCCACUAGAGGAAAAUGUUGAAGAGGAUAAAAUAGAGGACUUCAUGGAAGGAAUCACAGAGGACAUGUUUGACGACGACUUUGAGAUGGAAAUUGUAUCAGUCAGAAAAGAACAGGCGGAGGUUACUGUGAAUGUGGAUGAAGAGGACUCGGUUGAAGCCCUUCCUGAUGCCCAUUUUGGGCUGCUGGGGGUGCAGGGAGGGCAGGAGGUGCCUCAGGGUCAUGUCCAAGAUCUUCCAGAGGAGAUCCUGAGGGAAGUUUUCGCUCUUCUCCCUGCUCAGGAUCUCUUUCAGCACAUCAGUCUGGUGUGCCGUCACUGGAGGGAUGUGGUGAUGGACCCCAAGUUUCUUCCUUGGAAGAAGUUGUACUGCAGAUACCGCAAGCGGGAAACCGAGGGGGUUAGGGAGGUGAGGUCUAUCCUGGAUGGUAAUCAAAUUAGCAAAAACGAUGACCUGUGUCUCCUCAACAUGCUGAGGUAUAUGUCAGGGUUCAAACACAGCAAACGGGUGAAUGUGAAGGAUGUGUUGGCAUGUAUAAAAGGACACCGGCUUUAUGCUCACGCCGAAGCUUGCAUGAAAGAUAGACUCCCAGACAUGGUGGAUGAAGAGGCUCCAAACCCUUGGUCUGCCAUGGCUCUGUUGUUGAUUUUGGCUGACGGAGUGAAAGAUAUCUUGGACCUGGUAGCUCUUCUGCGGAGAUCUGGCUGUCUGCUGACCACAGGGGGAAUUUCUGAAUACCUGUGGGCAGUGGCGACGUUACUUCUGGCCAUGAGAGAGCGGAAUAUAAACAUAAGCAACAGGUGGCACUACAACAUCUUUUAUGUUCUACACUUGAUGGAAAAUGCAUCUCCAGUGAGCCUGAAAGACAACAGGCAUCUUAUCACUCACGAACAGCAGCAGAUUCUCAACCAUGACAUCCAGCAUCAUCACGUUGUAAAAAUAAUGGCUUUCGCAGGCACUGGAAAGACGACAACACUAGUGAAAUAUGCUCAGCAGAGGCCAGACCUGCGCUUCCUCUAUCUGGCCUUCAACAAAUCUGUAGCCGUGCAAGCCAAGCGGUUAUUUCCACACAACGUCGAAUGCAGCACCGUCCAUUCAAUGGCCUACAGAUCUGUGGGAGUGAGAUAUAAAAAUAUCAGGAAACUGUCCAGUAAUUUGAAGCCGUUUGAUGUGGCGUGGAUCUUACCAAAAGGACAUGGAGGAUUCGUCAAUGCCAAAGUCGUGACGCAAACGCUCAACAAUUUCUGGGCAUCCACAGACCAGCGGGUGGACACGCAACACGUCCCAUUCGAGUACAAGAACACAAAGGGCCUGAAGGAACAGCCAGAUGAAGAGGCUAAAAGGACCUUUGCUGGCCUCGCGCAGAACAUAUGGGACCAAAUGGUCGAGAUGCGGGCCAGAAGAGAUCGAGUGUACAACAUGACCCAUGAUGGAUACCUCAAACUCUGGCAGCUGGAAAAUCCAGUCCUGGACCGAUAUGAUGCCAUAUUUAUUGAUGAAGCUCAAGACUGUACACCAGUCAUCAUGGACAUCAUGCUCUCCCAGCGCUGUGGUAAAAUCCUGGUGGGAGAUCCUCAUCAGCAGAUCUACACUUUCAGAGGAGCGGUCAACGCUUUGUAUUUUGUUCAACACACACACAUCUACUAUCUCACACAGAGCUUUAGGUUUGGCUCUGAAAUUGCGUAUGUUGGUGCUUCAAUAUUGGACGGCUGUAAAGAGGUGAAGCAGAUAUUGGUUGGUGGGCAUCAGGAUGGCAGUGUAAGAGGAGAGGACACGCAAACUCUUCUUCAUCUGAAACAUGGACAGAAGCUGCCAGAAGGAAGUGUGGCGAUUCUGAGCCGAUGUAACGUCACGGUUUUCAGCGAGGCUGUGCGGCUCACUGAAGUCAACCCCAACUGCAAGAUCUGCAUUGUGGGCGGUGUUGAAAAUUUUGGACUGGACAAAAUUAUGGAUAUCUGGGUGCUGACGCAAUCUGAAGACACGCGCAAGAAAGACAACCUCAAGAUCAAGGAUUUCUUCAUCCGGAAUUUCUGCAAAGACAAGAUGGGUGGAUUCAUGGGUCUGAAGGGGUAUGCCCUAGCCUCAGAAGAUCGCGAGUUGGAGGGCAAGCUGGCCAUGGUGGAAAAAUACAACAAACGCAUUCCAGAGCUGGUUAGACGCAUCUACGAUUGUGCCCAGGGAAGUGUACAGGAUGCAGAUUUUAUCCUUGGCACGGUGCAUAAAUCGAAAGGCCUGGAGUUUGAUGUAGUUGUUGUGACCGAUGACUUUACAAAAGUACCAUGUGCUCGACACAACUUGCGCAGAGCCGGUGGUUUCAGUCUAGAAAACGUCCCAGAUGAUGAGUGGAACUUGAUAUACGUGGCCAUCACUCGAGCCAAGAAAACACUGUACAUCAGUAAGACCAUCACCAAUCUCAUCACAUUCACUGGGGAGUAUUUCCUGAGAUCAGAGCUGACCAGCUCUCUGCUGAGUAAAGAUCCAGCACUCACCUGCUCAACUAAAGACUGUGACAACCAAAUCAGCGCAGACUCCGUCCUCAGCAUGUGCAAACUCCCCGUCAGAUAUAUGGACAGUGUGGACGCGGGUGGUGUUCUGUGUUUGACUUGUGUGGAGCAGCGUGUGGGACCUACAGCCUUUCUGCUCUCUCCUCCCGAACGGGUCCAAUCCAUGCCGUACACCAAUGAAAGGAUAGACCUGCCUAUCAACGUCGCCAUGCUGUUGGCCUUGCUGUAAACACCAUCAUGUGUCCUUUUUUGCCUUUGUGGGAUUUGCACAUUCACAUUUGUGGAUUCAAAAUCUGCUCCAAUAAGUUUUACAUCUGAAGUAAAAUUUAAUUGAAGUGUGUGUUGCCUAACAAUUCCUAAAAAGGUGUGUUUUUCUCGAUUUUCCCAGAUUUUGAUGUCUUUGGAGGGCUGUCAGGAUCGGUCUGACUGUUUUUAGGGAGAGAGGGAGGGAGAGAGAGAGAAAGAAAGCUUUACGGGUUUUUUUCUGCACCUUCAGAAAGUUUUUUUUGGUACCUACAGUAUCGUGAAAAAACCCGUAAUUGACUUUAUUAGCAACACUAAUGCAUAAUUUGUUCUUUUUUUUUGAGUUUUAACAUCAGUGAUAUGUGGGAAGAGCAUUCAUGCAUAUAGUUUUACAGGUGGUGUAAGUAGACUAACUUAAGUUUUGCACUUUUAUUGUUUUACUGUAUAUUCUGUAAUCAUAUAUAUUUUUUCCUGUGUAUAUAUAUUUUUUAAAACUGCCAGAGCUUGAUCAUAAUUUAUGUAAAGCUUCAUUUUUUUAGUAUUUGGGAAAACAAUAGCUGAGAAUUUCAUGUGGAAGAUUUUUUUGGUUUAAAAAAAGACAUUUUCUUAUUCAAAGUGACUUGCAUGUCGUUGUUUGGGAAUUUAUAUUCCUAUGUAUAUGUGUGCUAUAUUACAGACUAAAAAUAAAUCUGAUGCCCAGUAAA